AUGCCUAAGUAUGCCAAAUUUCUGAAGGACAUUCUUGGUAAUAAGAAGAAGUUGGAGGAGUUAUCACAUGUGUCUUUGAGUAAGGAGUGCUCAACAGUUCUCCAAAGUCUUCUUCCCAAGAAGAUGACUGAUCCGAGUAGCUUCACUAUUCCAUGUUUGAUUGGUGAUCUAUCAGUCAAUAAUGCUUUGGCCGACCUGGGAGCUAGCAUAAAUUUGAUGCCCUAUACAGUGUUUCCUAAGCUUAACCUAAGCGAGCCUUCUCCUACUCGUAUGAGUCUCCAACUUAUGGAUCGGUCGGUGAAAUAUCCACGAGGGAUUAUGGAGAACAUGUUAGUGAAAGUCGAUAAGUUUAUCUUUCCUGUUGACUUUGUGAUUUUGGGCAUGGAUGAGGAUGCUCGUGUACCUUUAAUUCUAGGUUGA